UAACUACCAGGCUGGCGCAGUGAAUGACAUCGCUUUCCUCUUCACUCCUUCACCCAACCGUCGCUUUUUCUUUAUCUCUGCUUUGUUGCUUUGUGUAUGAUUAGUUGCAAUUGCCUCAGUCUCUCCUGCUCUGUCCGGUUGUAAAUUCCAGCCUGCAUUUGCAUUUUACUGCUACUCAAUAACUAGUUAUAUAUGAUUGCGUCAUGGGCGGACUAAAAGAGGAUCUAGCAUAUGACCCCCCCUGCCAUCCACGAGCAUGUGCCAUUCAAGCUUGUCUGACCAAGAACUCAUACCAGGAAGAGAAGUGCCAGUCGCAAAUCAAUGCCCUCUACGAAUGCUGCAAUUCGUUCUACAAGGAGCAAGGCGAAGAAGCGAAAACCCCGAGCUGUCCCAAGCCCAGUCUUCUGCGACUGAGGAUGAAGCAACGAGGCCAGGAAUCCUAGCUUGAACGCGAGCUCCUAACGGUUGCUUUGUGUUGCUGUGUAGAUAGAUAUGUAUAUAUUACCACACCGAGUGUUGCAGAUAUCGAAACACGAGGCCAAAGACCAUU